AGGCCGUCAGGACAGCGUUACUGCGGCGACACCCACGAUGAGGCGAGGCGUCUGGGGCGCCUCAUCCCGCUUCCCCGCCGUGGGCCUCCCCGAGCUUGGACACGCAUGCAUGGCAGCGGGUCCUGCUAGUGCAACCGGGGACCGGGCCCCUCAACCCUCCUCUCUGGCCCGGCGUGCCUCCAUUUUACGUCUCCCGUACCCUGGAGCCCUCGACCCGAGGGCGCGUCUAUUCGGAGGCGCGUGGUAGUGAUGGCGGCGCUCAGUGAGGCUUUCCUGUCACUGGAUACUACUACUCCCAGCCCGCCUCGGAGCCGCCCGAGCCAGCCCUCCGGUCUUUAGUUUACGAGUGGCAAUUUGACUUGCUCUGCUGCAUGUCUGGAGGGACCGAGGAAAGUGUGGAGACGCCCCGGGGAUUCAGGGAUCGCAGCUUGGAAAGCCAGCCGGCCAAACAAAUAAACCGAACCCACCCACCCUAACGAACAUGAGGCUGCUGGAGAGGGCGAGGAAGGAGUGGUUCAUGGUCGGGAUAGUGGUGGCCAUCGGCGCCGCGAAGCUGGAGCCGUCGGUCGGAGUGAACGGGGGACCACUGAAGCCAGAGAUAACUGUGUCCUACAUCGCCGUCGCAACGAUAUUCUUUAACAGUGGACUGUCGUUAAAAACAGAGGAGCUGACCAGUGCAUUGGUGCAUUUGAAACUGCAUCUUUUCAUCCAGAUCUUCACACUUGCCUUCUUCCCAGCAACAAUCUGGCUCUUUCUUCAGCUGUUAUCGGUCACAUCCAUCAAUGAAUGGCUUUUAAAAGGUUUGCAGACAGUAGGUUGCAUGCCUCCCCCUGUGUCUUCUGCUGUGAUUUUAACCAAGGCAGUUGGUGGAAAUGAGGCAGCUGCAAUAUUUAAUUCAGCAUUUGGAAGUUUUUUGGGCAUCGUUGUGACACCGUUGCUACUGCUGCUUUUUCUCGGCUCAUCCUCUUCUGUGCCUUUUACAUCCAUUUUCUCUCAGCUUUUUAUGACGGUUGUGGUGCCUCUCAUUAUUGGACAGGUGCCUUGGCAGCUUUAUGUGAUAAGGGAACCUGCACACUUGCGUCUUCCUGGCCCUCUUGGAUUCCAAUCUUUGGAGUGGUCAGUCACCAGCACUGCACUGGUGGGUCAGCCUUGCCUGCUCCUGCUCCUCAUGUCCUAGCCCUACAUCCAGGAAGGCACUAAAUGCCACCCUUUCUCUCCCGAGGUCUUUCUCAACUUGGCAUCUGCAAACACCAUCCAGUGUGGGAAAGGGCAGCAUACCUUAGUCAUCUUUGUCUAAGUCGUCACCCCUCCUGAACCUGUUCUCUGUCCUGAAUGUCUUCCAGUUCCCACCCAGGUCUCCCUGCCCAGGUAGCCAGAGCAGUGAGCACUCAUGGUGCUCCCUGUUGUCACCUCCUUGGCCCACACAGUGAGCACUCAUGGUGCUCCCUGUUGUCACUCCCUUGGCCCACACAGUGAGCACUUAUGGUGCUCCCUGUUGUCACCUCCUUGGCCCACACAGUGAGCACUCAUGGUGCUCCCUGUUGUCACUCCCUUGGCCCACACAGUGAGUACUCAUGUGUUCCCUAUUGUCACUCCCUUGGCCCACACAGUGAGCACUCAUGUGCUCCCUGUUGUCACCUCCUUGGCCCACACAGUGAGCACUUAUGGUGCUCCCUGUUGUCACUCCCUUGGCCCACACAGUGAGCACUCAUGGUGCUCCCUGUUGUCACUCCCUUGGCCCACACA